AUGCCCGAUCGGCCUCCCCCUCUGAUAGAGAAGUUCAACGGAACCACUGACCCCGAGCACCAUCUCCGAAAUUGCGUCGACUCCAUGGCCUGCUACUCCAAAAGUGAUCCUGUCAAGUGCAGAGCUUUCUCCCUGCCCCUAACAGGCGAAGCUCUAGAAUGGUAUUAUACUCUUCCUCCCAACUCUAUUGACAGUUUUCGUACUGUCACCACUCUGUUUAAAAAGCAGUAUGCGGUCAACCGGAGGGAGGUGAUGUCUGCCACUGAACUCAUCAAUCUCAAACAAGGGAGAGACGAACCGUUAAGAACGUUCAUGCACAGGUAUUCUGAGGCAGCAAGGAGAGUAAAGGGUGUCACCCAUGAAUUCAUCAUCAGCAAUCUCCCCAAUUGUCUAAAGCCGGGGUACGUUUCGGAAAGCCUAUAUGCUGAACUACCGAAAACGAUGGAGGAAUUACAAGAAAAGAUGACCAAGUUCAUCAAGAUGGAAGAUCAGAGACACUACCGCAAGAAGAUUGAUGCCCACGUAACUGAAGCUAAACGCGAGGACCAACAACCACGAGACAAGGGUCGCAAUCGAAAGCCUCCAAGAGGAAACACUCUAGUGCCGCUCGGUCCCCGCUACGACCACUACGCAUGCCUCAUUGUCCCGAGGGAGAAAGUCUUCGAAAAAGCCCUCUAA